UGUGCCAUAACAACCAACACUGCAACGUUGAAACGCAUAAGUGUGAGUGUAUGCCAGGCUGGCAAGGGAAUGAGUGUAACCAACCUUGUCCCGAUGACACCUAUGGACAGAAUUGUGGACAGGCCUGCAAGUGCGAGAAUCAUGUCAUGUGUGGUAAUAUAGAAGGGCAAUGCAUCUGUAAACCUGGCUGGACCGGUGCGACUUGUAACAAGACAUGCGAUGCCGGGUUUUAUGGUAUUCAAUGCGAAGAGAUAUGUAAUUGUUCUAGUUCAGCCACAUGUGAUCCAAUCUAUGGCAGGUGUACCUGUCCACCUGGGUUGCAUGGCGAUAGGUGUCAAACGACAUGUCCUGCUGGAUUUUAUGGCGUGAACUGUUCGUCUAGUUGUCUCUGUGACGUCACACAAGAGUGCGAUCCCGUGACUGGUGAAUGUGAAGUCAUACUAACAGAAGUGAAAACGAGAAAGCAGGAUGCAACCAAAUCUCUCACACUUGGAGUUGGCAUAUCUGCAAUUAUCUUGUUUCUGAUCAUACUCCUGCUUGGUGCUACAGUGAUGCUGUGUAAGAGAAGUAUCCGAAAGCGACGAGAGACUAUGACUAAUGCCGAACACCUUUGUCAGACGCUGGGGAGCCAUGAACUUUCAGAUAUUGGUUUAUCAGUUACGCGUCCUAAUCAAACCUCAGCACACGGCGGCGACACUUAUACAGUGGUUCGACCUCCAAAGUAUUACAUUGUAGAACCAAACAACUACGAAAAUGCGGAGAUAGCGAGGCCGUCCUCGGUAGCAAGACAUGAUUACGAAGACGCCGAUAACUUAACAAUUACAAAUAAUCCUAUUGAGCAUGAUCAAAGCUUAGAUGGCCAAUACGAAAUGCUGCGAAAAGAGCUUCCAAAACCACAAGAUGGAUAUAAUAAUUUGCGAACAUGGCCAAUGGCUACCAAGAAUGAGGAAGACUCUGCCUACGAUGUCUUGCAACUAAAAUAUCCAGGCGAAACAUCCACAGAUUAUACAAUCACAAAGCCAUACUCCCCGGGCGAUAAUGAACCAGAAAAUACUGAAUGUCCCCGAAAGGAAACUGUAAAUUCUUCUGAAAGCAAUCCUCCGCGAACCACGAUGUUGGUUACUUCAGAAGCAGACUAUGCACUGCCUAUCAAACGUACCCAUCACCAAAAUAAUACCUCGGAUUCAUUAGAAAAACGCGAGGAUUUACAAGACAGCAUGUCGCCUGAUGAUUCAGCCUAUGAAAGACCCGAGAAUUUUGAACAGAACUAUGCAACAGACUAUGAAGACCCUGUCAUUUCUCACAAAAACGUUGACGUCAACACACAUUUGUUUUCAGAUAAUGACUAUAGUAAGUUAAAUAGAAAUGCAGUUUGUAGAAAUCCUGACGAAGUAGUCGGUGGUGAUUAUGAGAAAUUAUCAAAGGCUGCAGAAUUUAAUGAAAGUGACGAAGAAUAUGAUACACUUCGGGUUGUCAAGAAAAAUCCUGAAAAUAUUAAUGGUAAUACGUACGGUGCCUUACAAGUAGGCAUGUAGGCCUAAGGCUUCUUAACUGAUAUAAAGUUUUUCAAUAAUAAUAUUUUAUUCAGGGAAUUUAGAGUAGGCCUAAUAGUAUUAUUGAUUAUUAUAUUGUUAAAUAUGUUUCAAUAUAGACGUUUUAUACUUUAAAUUUUAAGGUUUCAUGGAUUUGUGUUUUUUCCCAAUUAAAAUAGAUUAAAUAUUAAACACAGAAAAAUCUUUGGCAGUUAA